GUAUCGAAUAUAGGCGUCGUACAACUGCGAGAAUUUAACACUUUAGUCAGAAUUAUUGGCAGAUUCUACAUACGAAAUUUAUCUAAGCAAAACAGUUAGUGUAAUCGGUACAACUCACACAGUAGUUCACCAAUUUUCUUCUAACUAACUAUCAUUUAUGUAUGUGUAAGAUAAAUGCAAUGGCGUGUCAAUAAUUUUCAUAGUCAUUGCGUUUGAUACAUGUUUCAUUUAGAGACAUUGAUACAUGUGUCAUUUAGUAUAGUUUCGUAACAUAUAAUACUGGGUGCUCAAACAACUUUCUGUCGCUACUAUACGCAUUCACAAGCGGCGUGUAUUUUUUUUUUUUUUUUCUUUCACGUGCUCAAUUCGAAUGGAAGUCCCUCAAACAAACCGUGACUAUACAUACGAGCACGGCCAGUGGCCGAGCACGUAUCGUAUAACCUGAAGAGAUGGCCUGGAUGCCUUUUUUCGUCGUGUACCGUUAUCGUAGAAUAACUUCGGUUCUGCGAUCACAUGCCGCUUAUUUUACUUUGUCCCCAUCGUUCACCCGUUCGAUUGUAUGUUACGACCUGUGCUCUAUUAGCUUGAAGGUUUAACGAGAAUAGGAAGCGAACGAGUUUCUCCCGCGAAAACGUUCGGCUCGGUUCAGACGGGCCUCAGUUCUCGUUGCUCGCUCUGCGCGGUCAGUCGAAACAAUCUCAUCGAUACUUGAAAGAAAUCACGAAAGAAAAGAAAAAGCACGAAAGAAAAGAAAAAGAGAAGAAAUCGAUCGGCGAUUGGUAAAGCAGUCACUGAUACCUGCCGGAAGUGAUUAACGCAUCGAUUAACGGAAGUGCAAGAUGAGGAUCGCGCUCGCUUUAGGUGUAGUCCUUAUUGUUUGUAUCAGCAUACGAUGCGUCGAGAGCAAAGUAAAGAAGACGCAACUGUCCUUGCAAAGCAAAGAGACAAAUGUUGUGAACUUCAUGAGAUUGCUGGUGAUGAGGCUGGUGUUCGGAGUUGCAUCGGCGAUGGGUCUCGGUGAAAAUCUUUCUGGCGUGCUCGGGGGAAUUUUCGUACCUCCUGGAGCAGAAGAUUACAGUGAUUAUGCCGACGAUGAUUUCAUGUCGGAUUUGUUUUAACAACAGUGCACGCUAAAGCACCGUUCGAACUUGCAAUUAUAAAUAAUCAACGAGCGUAAAUG